GAUGACGAAUGAAUAGCCAUAAAUCGAAAGCAUGACUUCAGAGGAAGGACACGACAAAGAACUGAGCACUGGUUUGGGAGAAGCUUGGGAUUGGGCGCUGGAUUUAACAACAGAUUCAUAAAGCAAGGAUUCCUAUCAGAGGGGAACCUGAAACAAUUGCAAUCUGCCCUUUGUCCUUGAGAAACUGCUAACUCAGACAGUGCUCUGGGAAGCUUCGUCUGUCCCCUGCCCGAUGUAGACACAAAGCAGGGCCCAGGGCCCAGGGCCCAGCACCGCGCUCGGUCGAAGACAAAAGCAGCCAGGAAACUCUUCCCACUCCCGACUGGCGGCUGGAGGGUGCGAGACCGCCCGGACACACUUCGUCCACCACUGCGCUGGAGAGGGCGCUGUACCCCGCUCUCCCCGGCCCUGCUUGGAAUAAACAGGCACAGAAAACACCAGCAAGGCAGAGCCAAGACACUGCUUGCCAGAGGGCCGAGGCUGCGGGGCGCCUCUCCGGGAAGCCGGAUCCCCGCGGGCACAGACCAACAGGGGCAGCGCGGGCACUGUGCAGGGGGAACUGCGCCGAUCCGCAGCUGCGCCCGGAACAGCCCCGCCCGCCCGCCUGCCCAGGAGCAUGGCCCGGAGCGCUGAGCGGGCGCCGGACCCCGCGCGUGGCCUCGUGAUUAUGGACAAUUGGCCAGGAUAUGACUUGAAUUUAUUCACAUACCCACAGCAUUAUUACAAUGAUCUGGAAUAUGUGCUUAUACCUCAUGGCAUCAUUGUGGACAGAAUUGAGCGGCUGGCUAAGGACAUUAUGCAAGACCUGGGAUGCUGUGACCUUAUGAUCCUGUGCGUGCUUAAGGGAGGUUACAAGUUCUGCGCUGAUCUUGUAGAGCACCUUAAGAACAUCAGCCGGAAUUCAGAUAGAUGUGUCUCUAUGAAGGUGGAUUUCAUCAGACUAAAGAGUUACAAGAAUGACCAGUCCACGGACCAGAUGCAGAUCAUGGGAGGGGAGGAUCUCUCAACACUGGCAGGCAAGAAUGUCCUCAUUGUGGAGGAUCUUGUGGGGACUGGGAAGACCAUGAGAGCCCUGCUCAGCAGCAUUGAGAAACAUAAGCCCAACAUGAUAAAGGUAGCCAGUUUGUUGGUAAAGAGAACACCAAGGAGUGAUGGCUUCAAACCUGACUAUGCUGGAUUUGAAAUUCCAAAUUUAUUUGUGGUGGGAUACGCCUUAGAUUAUAAUGAAUACUUCAGAGAUCUGAAUCACAUAUGUGUGAUCAAUGAACAUGGUAAAGAAAAAUACCGAGUCUGAAGAAGCAAAUGCUACUGUCAGCUUCCCAAGUAACACCGCAGUUGUUACUACAUUCAGGAAGCCGGCAUAAUGUCUGUCUCUCGUGGGAUAAAAGAAGUAUUUUAAGAGAACUUUCUUUUCAGGGAUUGUAAUGUAAGAGGGUACUGAAGGUCUUCAAGGAAAAAAAAAGCAGUGAUUUUAUUUGACUUGUGCCUGAUUGAACAUUCCACUCCCGACUGUCCUGCCCACCUUCGCGCUCCUGAACUGCACCAUCUUUUGUUUUGAUAGCCAUCAUGCUUGAUUACUACUCCCAGGACUAUCCCCACCUAGUUAUUCAAAUAUUUUUCACCUAACCUUCUUUAAUACCUUUUUUUGUUGUUGUUGUUGUAAUAUUUCACACUAUUAAGAACUUGGAAGCCUUUUAAUGUAAUAUCUGAGCCCUUAAACAAGGAAUGAAGCUAAGUUCCCAUACUAAAAAAAAAAAAAAAGAGGGAAAGAACAAUUUAACACACAUUUCUGUUUGCACAUUCCUGACAGGGCGUUAUUAUCUGCUUUGACAAAGCCUUUCAGCAGCGCAGGGACAAUGAAUCUUAAUGAUGUUCUGAGUGAGCUCUUGCCUAGGGCUCCCAGAUCAGGGUUUCCGGCUGCGGUGACGGCAUGUCACAGAUGCAUGGACGUACUCAACUGUGUUUAAUACUCAGAAUUUUAAUUAGAAAAGACAAUGGCAGCAAGGCCUUGGUUCUUGUGCUGUGUCCUUUUCAUUGUGCCGGACAUGAGCAAUUGGUGGAAUCAAGACAGGGAGUGUUUCCAGCACUCAGGAAAAGCAAGUAUGUGCUCUUCCUCCUGUGCGCUUCAGAGGACAGGACACCGUAAGGUGCUGUGCAAAACAUGAACACGGGCGCCCAGCUAUUUCACUAAGUGUCCUUACAAGGCUGAUCACGGCCUCAGGUGCUCUAGGAAGUAAGCCCACCUACAUCAGUUUUCUUCCAAAUGACACUUUCGUUAUCACCAUCGUUGAGACACUUUCUAAUUUUUAGGGCUUCUUAUUGAAAAUAAACUUGAGUGUCAAUGGAGUUGGCUUUUUUCUCACUUCCUAAAAAUAUACAAAUACAAAAUAAAUAACUGCUGGCAAGCAAGCUUUGUUUGAUUUUGAAUUGUUCAUGGUGUAUUAUUAUGAGACUCUACCGUCCUUUUAUAAAAAAUCAGAAAUAUUGUUUCAUAACUGCUUACUGUUUUUCUUCUACCUUCUUAUUUUUAAUAGACCUGUAAUCAUUAAAAUGUUUAUGAGCUUAAGUAAA